AUGACGUUGUGUUCUCAGAUACCAAGGUGCCUGGACGAGAUGCAGCAGAACGGGCUGGAGCUGGACCAGCUGUUUGCGCACUGCAACUUUGUGGAGGACGAGCGCGAGGUGGUGCUGGCCGCCGUGCGCCGCGUCCGGCCCGACUACGCGCCGACGGCGAUGCUGCCCAGACCACUCGAUCAAUUCCCACUCUCCGCCCGCUUCUACGAUCUGGAUAAUUCGGGGAAUUACCCCAGGCUGAAGCAGACGACCGAAGAACUGAAGCAGGGCUUUCGGAGGCAGAUGGAUCUGGAGAAAGCUCACAUUGUCACCAUUCAAUCGGUGGAAGCCCUGAAACCGGUAACGCCAGAGAUGGAGAAAAAGCGGCAGGCCCUGACAGAGCUGCACAAGGAGUGGCGGGCAACCUUGCUGCAGGCCUUCGCGGAGGGCAAGAAGAAGCUAAUGUCCAGAAGGUUCGGCUGCAGCUUCAAGUUGGACUUGUACCCUUACACGUGCCUGCUCACGGACGAGGAGUACGUGAACGCCAUGCUGGAGAGUUUAUCCAGCCUGCCGCCCAAUGGCGAUUCAGUGAUGUCGCUCUCCAGAAAUCUGGGCAGAAAGGUUUUCAACAUGUACUGCAUCCGCAAGAAGAUGCGAAACCACGUCGCGCAGCGGAUCUCCAAGGUGUACGACGCCUACUGUGAACUGCUGGCCAUUGACGGCAAGGUGAGCGGCUACCUGCCACGCCAGUUCUGGGAGCGCGUCGAGGCGGAGGUGGCCGACGGGUACCGCCUGUCGGGCGAGACCGUGGAGUGGACGGUCCCGGUGACCGUGACGCUGGGCUCGUACCUGCUCGACAUCAUGGUGCGCGAGCUCAAGGUGUACGCCGGCACGGGCUCCACCGACUUGGCCAGGGGCACCAAACCCAUCCCGGCGCUCUACCACGUGUGCUUCCGCAGCGUGCGCCAGAUCGGCUUCGUUAAGCCGCACCCCCUGGUGACUCAGCUGCAGUCGAGGGCGGUCGAGACGGAGCUUCAUUUCGACGUGCAGGCCUUGCCGACCUCCUGCCCGCCCUGCGUGGACUCGCCCCGAUUCGGUGGCUACGUCCUGAUACCCACUACCCUCAUGCGCAGCGUGGACAUGGCCACGCAGCACCAGAACCUGCUGAUCUAUUCACCUGCGCGGCGCUUGCAUGCCGCCAUGGACGUGCUGAACCAACUGGCGUGCUCCUGGAUCAUAAACGAGCCGCUGCUCGACAUCGUCAUCGCCAUCUUCAACGACCGCGGCUGCGACAAGCUCGACAUCCCACCGCCUCUCUCCGAGGCUCCCAAAGUGCCCAGGUACGACCCAACGGGUGAGAACGGCAUCGCCGACCGGCUGGCUUUCCGGCGCGCCUUGACGCACGCGCGCAAGACGACAAGCGAGAUGCACAGCCUCCGCAUGAGUGCGCUCUACAAGCUGUCCAUCGCCAACGCGAUGCGCGGCCGCGUCUUCUGGUUCCCGCACAACAUGGACUUCCGCGGGCGCACCUACCCAUGCCCGCCGCACUUCAACCACCUGGGCAGCGACAUGUCACGUGCCCUUCUGCUGUUCGCCGAGGGGCGGCCGCUGGGCGAACGCGGCCUCGAUUGGAUCAAGAUCCACCUGGUGAACUUGACGGGUACCAAAAAGAAGUCCUCCCUGCUGGAACGCCGCAUGUUCGCUGACGAGAAGAUGGACGACAUCCUGGACUCGGCUGACCGACCCCUCACGGGCCGCCAGUGGUGGAUGGAGGCAGACGAGCCGUGGCAGGUGCUGGCCUGCUGCAUGGAGAUUGCCAAAGCUGUCCGCUCCCCCGAUCCCAAGGAGUACAUAUCACACUUUCCUACCCACCAGGACGGGUCCUGCAAUGGGCUGCAGCACUACGCCGCCCUGGGACGCGAUACGAUUGGCGCCGCAUCCGUCAACUUGAAGCCGCUGGACAUGCCCCAGGACGUGUACGCGAGUGUCGCGCAGCAGGUUGAUGUGUUCCGUGCUGAGGACGCCAAGAACGACGUGAAGAUCGCCCAGGUGCUCGAAGGCUUCAUCGGCCGCAAGUUGGUCAAGCAGACGGUGAUGACUGUGGUGUACGGCGUGACGCGUUACGGAGGACGACAGCAGAUCGAGAAGCGCCUCAGCGAGAUGGACGACUUCCCCAAGGAGCACGUGUACGCCUCGGCCUAUCUGACCAAACUGGUUUUCUCCAGCCUCCGGGAGAUGUUCACGGGAACCCGUGAGAUCCAGGUGGGUGUAUCUCGCCAGCUGCGCCUUCCAGUCCAUCAAUGGGACAAUUUGCGGUGGCCAGUCGGGUAA